UGUUCCCCUGGAGACAGCAGCUCUGACCCUGAAGCUGAACUCAGUUCGAGGACAUUAUGUCUAUCUCUGUGAUGACUACUCCAAACUGGCCCAGAGCUGCUCAAAGACAGUAAGGAAGUGUAGGGAGUGUCCUGAGGACUGGAUUCAUGUAGAUGAGAAAUGUUACUCCUUCAGUAAUGACAAGAUGGACUGGCCGAGCAGCAGAGACAGUUGUACAUCCCUGGGCAGCCACCUUACCAUCCUGCACAGCAAAGAACAGCAUGACGCUCUGGAAAAAGAGGCCCGGAGGAUUGGCGGGUUUGACUACCACUUCUGGAUUGGCCUAUCAGAUAUAGAGAAGGAAGGGGAUUGGAGAUGGGUGGACAACACAACACUGACAAAUAAGUAUUGGAAUGAGUAUAGCUCUGAGCCUGACAAUCAUCAGUCAGGAGGAUCACAUGGGAGGACUGUGCCACCCUGGACAGCCAUUCGCAGACCUGGUUUGACGUACCGUGUGACCACAUCUACAAACGCAUUUGUCAGAUGGAUGCCAUCCGGCUGGACUGAAUCACAGGACUUCAACUAAGCCAUGAAUUUCCCAAUUAUCUAGAUCUACCGUCCAUGCAUUCAUGAAUGAUGGAAAUGUUUUCUUAAAUAGCUUAUCCUUUUUAUGUCUUUCAAGCGAUUUGAGAUGUUUUAGUGCAAUGAAAAGCGCUAUAAAAGUGAAAUGAUUAUUCUUACUGGAAACGUCAGAACUGGAAACUAAACUAGGUUAUGGGUCAGAUUUACUCAACUACACUGCCAAGUGUGCAUAUUACUUUGUAUUUUUCAGAAACCAUAAAACAAAACGGGACAGGAAAGGUUAUGAGAAGGGCAAAGAUAUAGAAUGACAAGAGGAGAUAAAGAUAGUUUUGUGGUAUAGCUAGUUUCAUGAAAUGUUCAUUCCCUACUCAAAAUAAUAGAUGCAAACAUUUAGCAAAUCUGGCACCUUCUGCAAGGAGAAUUUCAAUGAAUGCACUCAAUUUAGUAAAUCAGUUCUAAUCAGCUCUAAUCAACUCUGCUGCUUGCCAAACUGAUUGCUGUGAUACUUUUGAGCAAUCUGAGUGCUUUUUUUUAACGUGUGUGACCUGUACAUAAAUCUCCAAAAUAUUCUGUGUUGCUGCACUAACCAUGAAAAUUAAUUCCUGAGAGUCAAUAAAACUGUAUUUUCAAAUGAA